ACUGUGGAAGAAGAAAACACCCACCAGUACUGACGUGUAUUAGCGAGGUCUUGUAUGAUGACGUGUCUCUAGUGCUCUCUUUUCGGUGAGAAGUGGCAGACCGGUGGCAGUCUUGCUGUGCUGAUCCACCUCACAAGGACUGUAAAACAACGGGACCUGGGCUACAAACACCAUGGCUAUUAAAUUUUUAGAAGUAAUAAAACCGUUUUGUGCGGUUUUGCCCGAGAUCCAGAAACCAGAACGAAAGAUUCAAUUUAGAGAAAAAGUAUUAUGGACGGCCAUUACACUUUUCAUUUUCCUGGUGUGCUGUCAGAUCCCUCUCUUUGGCAUCAUGUCAUCCGACUCUGCCGAUCCUUUUUACUGGAUGAGAGUAAUUCUGGCUUCAAACAGAGGCACACUUAUGGAGCUGGGUAUCUCGCCCAUCGUCACCUCCGGUCUGAUCAUGCAGCUGCUGGCUGGUGCUAAGAUCAUCGAGGUCGGAGACACCCCCAAGGACAGAGCUCUCUUCAACGGCGCCCAGAAACUGUUCGGUAUGAUCAUCACCAUUGGCCAGGCUAUCGUGUACGUGAUGACUGGCAUGUAUGGAGACCCCUCUGAGAUGGGCGCCGGCAUCUGCUUGCUCAUCAUCAUUCAGCUGUUUGUGGCCGGACUCAUUGUGCUGCUGCUGGAUGAGCUGCUUCAGAAAGGAUAUGGCCUGGGCUCUGGUAUCUCUCUCUUCAUCGCCACCAACAUCUGUGAGACCAUCGUAUGGAAAGCCUUUAGCCCCACCACCGUCAACACCGGCAGAGGAACCGAGUUUGAGGGUGCCAUCAUUGCCCUGUUCCACCUGUUGGCCACCCGUAACGACAAGGUGCGCGCCCUGAGGGAGGCCUUCUACCGCCAGAACUUGCCCAACCUCAUGAACCUCAUUGCCACAGUCUUCGUCUUUGCGGUGGUCAUAUACUUCCAGGGCUUCAGAGUAGACCUGCCCAUCAAGUCCGCCCGUUACCGUGGCCAGUACAACACCUACCCCAUCAAACUCUUCUACACCUCCAACAUUCCCAUCAUCCUGCAGUCUGCUCUCGUCUCCAACCUCUACGUCAUCUCUCAGAUGCUCUCCACGCGCUUCAGUGGAAACUUCCUUGUUAACCUGCUGGGCACCUGGUCGGACACUUCCAGUGGAGGCCCUGCUCGUGCCUAUCCAGUCGGCGGCCUGUGCUACUACCUCUCUCCCCCGGAGUCGUUCGGUUCGGUCCUGGAUGACCCCGUACACGCAGUGAUCUACAUCGUCUUCAUGCUCGGCUCCUGUGCCUUCUUCUCCAAGACCUGGAUUGAGGUGUCCGGAUCAUCUGCCAAAGAUGUUGCCAAGCAGCUGAAGGAACAGCAGAUGGUGAUGAGGGGACACAGAGAAACCUCCAUGGUCCACGAGCUCAACAGGUACAUCCCCACAGCGGCUGCCUUUGGGGGGCUGUGUAUCGGUGGCCUGUCAGUCAUGGCAGACUUCCUGGGAGCCAUCGGUUCGGGAACUGGAAUUUUAUUGGCCGUCACAAUCAUCUACCAGUACUUUGAGAUCUUUGUCAAGGAACAGAGCGAAGUCGGCAGCAUGGGAGCGUUGCUCUUUUAAACAAGAAGAUCCUUCUGCCAUUACACCAGACAGACACAACCUCCAUUCUCUCAAGUUAUUAUUUUGUAAUGUUAUGUUUAUUUUUCAUGCACAAUCAAUGUUUUUGCUUCUUGGAUGCGUCCAUUUUCGGCAUCUAUUAUAUUUGUUUCGUUUCCAGUAGCCCUAAGGGCUGAAGAUGCGGACUGAACUUCUCUGGGACAGAGUGACUGCAUGUCAUCCUCCCCCUCCCCUCCCCUCCCUCCCUGACUCCCCCAGUAUUCUGAAUGGGCAUUGGACCCAUUCAAGUGCUUGUCAGAACACGGACCCUCCCACUUCUCACUUCAAUAAAGCCAGUGAUGAUCCACCGUCUGAGCUGUUUAGUCCCAACAUGAAGUGGUUAGAAAGCUCAUGGUGGGUGGUGGUGGAACAUCUAGCUCAGAAUCCGGUGGGGUGAACUGUUGCUCCCUUGGGAAGCAGGGCUACUACAUGCAUUAUGUAAACCCAACUUGUCAUAUCAGUGUAAAUGCUUGUGUGAUCAGUUAUCAAAUGUCCAAAAAAAACUAAGGAAAACCUUUAGUUAUUCCACUGUAAAUAAAGAAAUCUUUUUGAGAGGAA